UUCAAAUUCGCAUCGUUUCGCCUUCUUAAUUCACAAAUCAACUACAUUUAUUCUUGAAUUAAUGUCUCACAACUUAGACAAACCAAAUAGCGAUGACGAGUUUGCGGAAUUGCAGUUUUCGCAGUUUGACACUUUGCUUGAUGAAGGUGCGGUGUGUAUUUCGGAUACUGAGUCAGACGAUGACGUGUUAAUUGUUGGAGAAACACCAGCCAAGCUACUGCCUAUAUCAGCGCCACCACAGUCAACAUUGGCCCAGACAUCGCAUUGUUCAUUCCAGCCAGCACUGCCACCGCCCAAUUCAGCAACAUCACAGCGAUCUCCACACACCAUUUUGCCGCAGCUCUCACCGCGGCCAGGUUCAGCACGCACAUCAGCAUCACCGACGCAGGCAGUAUCGCCUGUGCUUCAGUAUCCGACAGGAGUCGUCCGGCUGACCCGGUACCAAGACCAACCCAUCACAUCAACUACAGUAUCGCUUUCCGACCUUAUCCAGCCAAAUUUACAAAAGGCUAUCCUUUCGACAUUUGUUCUAGACUUGGACUGGCUAUUACCGCACUUUGCCGAUACAACCAAACUGCUCAUAGUAAAGCAUUAUGAUCCGCGGAUAGAUCGUCGCGGAAUAUACCAAGCAGGCAGGCUCACCAUAGUUCACCCAGAGUUUGCAGACCAAAGGUUUCCAAUUAUGCACAGUAAAAUAAUGCUCAUGUUUUAUCCCAGGCAUAUUCGCUUGGUUAUUUCCUCUGCUAAUUUGCUGAGUAUUGAUUGGACGGCAUUGGGCAAUAUCGUUUUUAUCCAGGAUUUGCCCCUUUUGGAUGAGCCGCGCGAGCUGUAUGGUUUUGGUUUGACUUUGGCCCAGGCCCUGCGCGAUCUUAGCGUGCCCGAGCAGGCCGUCGGACAGCUUGACAUGGUGGAUUUCUCCAAGGUUAAGGCGCAGCUGGUGACUUCUGUGCCAAGCAUGGCGGGGCGUAGCAAGUUUCAUGCAGAUGCAUAUGGACUCGCUCGUUUGGCACAAGUUACGAUCGGAAUCCGAAAAUCGCUUUCUCCGGAGCAGCAAAGAGAUUGGCUCACCACCCACCACUGCUGCUACGGCUCAUCCAUGGGCAAGCUGACUCCUGAGUAUCUCUCAGACUUUUAUCUUUCGGCGCUUGGACUUGACAGCGCUCAGGAAUUCCGCCAUCUAUUAUCGCCUGCAACAUCCACAGGAUCACUCUCGCAAAGAGUGCAUGUAGGGUUUCAUACGCAGACACAAGGCAAGGUAAAUAAAUUUGGGUCGAGUGCGCGCCAAAGUAUCAAAUUUCAGUCAUCAUAUUAUUUUGACAACCAUUUUCCGCAGGAUUGUCUUUAUAAGGUUGAGCCGGUUUACAAAGACUGUUUGAUCCAUUCAAAGAUUAUAUUGGCGAGGUUUGGCGAGAUGGGCAGGAAUGGAUGGAUAUACUUGGGAAGUCAUAAUUUUACGCCUGGUGCUUGGGGCCAUUUGAGAGGUGGCAGCAGAGCUACAAGGAAAGUAUACGUUAAUAACUAUGAGCUUGGAGUUGUCUUGCCUGGCGUGACGUUUGAAAGAAUCUUUGGGAGGGACUCGGUUCUUUGGAAUGGACUAGCGGUGCCAUUGCCAUUUAAAAUGGAUUGGGAACCCUAUGGACGCGACGAAUUGCCGCUGAUUUCAUAAUACACUUUCACAUAUUUUUAUAUAUAGUAUAACAUGAAUCUAUUCAAAA